CCACUCACUACUCACAGCCCAAGCCAACACGACCUGACCCAAUCGCGUCCGUCCCAUAAGGCAUCAGUCAGGCCUCUUUCUGGCCCAGCCCUACCGCCUCCCUCUCUGCUGGCUCGGUGUCCGUGUCUGUUGGUGCGUUGAGGAGACUUGACAUGAUCUCCUGCGAGAGGGUGGGGUCCGCCCUGUUGCCCGACUGCUUCAUCAGCUGACCCACAAAGAAACCCUCAAGCCGACUCUUCCCACCUCUGCACCGCACCCAACCACACACCAUCCAUCGCACACACAACUCGGUCCACUGCCUUCGUGGCGUGUGUGUGCAUGGCUGACUGACCGGUAUUGCUGCAGCUGAGUGGGGUUGUUGUUGAUGAUGUCGACGGCCAUCUGUGUGAUGGUGUGCGGGUCGUUGAUGGACUGCAUGCCCCUCUCGUCCACCAGGGCCCUCACCGAGCCAUCGUCCCACUCAGACAGCAACACGGGCAGCAAAUCCUUGGCUAUCUGCUCACGCACACGCAGUCGGUGUGAUGUGGUUGAUUGAUUGAUGGAUGGGUGUAGUGUGUUGUGUGUGGUGGGGGUGAGCUAACCUUGCCGUUGAUGUACUUGCUGUCGAUGAGCCGGAGCAUCUCGGCCAAGCGGGCGGGACUGCGCAGACGAACCAUGCACACAUGACGUCGCGCAUCCACUCCUUGACGGGCGAUGGGUUGAUGGCCUGCCUGCCUGCCUGCCCUUCUGCCUCCAGUCAGUGUGUCCGUACGUGAGUUUGAUGUCGGUGAUGGCCAUGCCCACAUUCUGCUUCUCACCCAGCCACCCAAAUAUGUCGUUGACCACCCAUCUGCACGACAGCAACACGACACAACACCACAGAGACCUUCAGCCUUUCCCCUGUCUCUCUGGCUGAGGCUCACUCACCGUGCUGCACCGGACGGCUCCGCCCCUUCCAUGAGUGUGGCUUCGAGGUACUCGGCUACCUGCACAGAAAGGCAGGCAGACAGACAGGGAGGGAGGGUGUCCUGUGCCUGUGCGCAUGUGUGUUUGUGACCUGUUUGUCGUCGGUGAGUAUCCUGGCGUCCUCUGGGUCCAGCCCCAGCUGAGAGGCGUACCGCUCCCUCUUACUCGCUGGCAGCUCCGGAAGCUCAUUCCUGAUAGACGCGCAGGCACGCACAAGGGGAGAGGGAGAGAGAGUGACACAAGGAGAGAUAGAGAGAGAGAGAGAAGAGAAACGUGCCGUGAUGAAUGGAUGGAUGUCUUUGUUUGCUGGGUGAGUCGUCUACGUCUGUGUGUAUUUGUGUGGACCUACCUCCAUUGCUGUAUUGUGUGCUGGUCGAUGCUAAGUGGGGGUAUGUCCGGUUCGGGGAAGUACCGGUAGUCCGCUUCGCCCUCCUUGACACGCAUCACCUUGGUCGACUGACAUGACAUGACAUACAACCAAUGAAUGACACACAUAUUGUUUGUGUGGGAUUGUGUGCUGUGUGUCGUAUGCGCUGUAGCCACCUGUGUCUUCUCAUCCCAGGUGCGUGUCUCCUGCCUGAUUCCCUCGUCGAUGGACGACUGUGAGGCCUCGCCCUCCAUGCUGUCAUACAGCUGACACAGAGAGAGAGUGAAUAAAUGAAUGAUCAGCGACAGAGAGCACAUCGAUAUAUAUCUUUCUGUUAAGCUGUCUGGCAGACCUCAGCUUGUCUGACGGUCUCGUAGUCGACGGCCUGCUGCACCGCACGGAAGGAGUUGACGUUCUUGACCUCAACCUUACCAAACAACCGACCGACCGAUCCAUGCAGACAGACAGACAGACAGGAAGGAGUCAGACAGUGAUCCACCUGUCUGUCUGUCUGUCUGUCUGACCUUUGUUCUCAGUUCAUCAGUGCCUUUUGGUCUGAUGGACACGUUGACGUCGAGGCGCAGGGAGCCGGCAGCCAUGACACAGUCGGACGCACCUGCAGGCACAACCAACAGACACAUACGCUCGCACACGACACGUGCUGGCUGUCAGCCGAAGCGCCCUCCUGUCUGUCCUGACCGACCGAUGUAUUUGAGUACUUUGGCGAGUUCCCUCCCAUACUCAGCCGCCUCCUCGCCCGAACGGAUGUCAGCCUGACCCACCCACCCAACCACACAUACACAUACACAAACACACACAUAAACAACGGUCGAGCCGCAGUAGGUGAGAGAGCGAGCCGAGCGGCCUCUGUUUGUGCGAGCGCUGACCUCGGACACAAUCUCGAUGAGGGGCACGCCCGCCCUGUUGAAGUCGAUCAGCGAAUAGUCCGCACCCAACACCGUACCGUCGCCACCCUGGUCCAUCGAGAUGCACACAAGGCAGGCACACAACACACGUGAAUGGAUUCAAUGCCCACUCACUCGGCUGUCUGCCCCGCUGGCUGCCCGGGUAGCUCUUUGCUCACGAUGUGCAGCAUCUUGGCUGAGUCCUCCUCCAUGUGCAGCCGCCGGAUGCCCACUCGCUUGCCAGAGGGCAGCAUCAGGUAGCCGUGCUCAGCUAUCGGCCUGGCUAGGCCGCCACAGGCACCCACAACACAGUCAACACAAAUCGCAUCGCCUCACUCACUCACACUCCCUGACUCACUGACUCUCCCCCACCUGUCGUAUUGUGUGAUUUGGUAGUUCUUGGGCGUGUCGGGGUAGAAGUAGUUCUUGCGGUCGAACUUGGUCGACGGAGCUAUAGCAGACAGACCACCCAUCCAUCCAUCCAUGUGCUGCAUUGCAUUCAUGACCUAUUUCACAGUUGAGUGCCAGCCCUGCCUUGCCCGCCAACUCCACCACACGCCGGUUCGGCACAGGAAGAGAACCUGUGCUCACGCCCACACCCACAUGCAUCGAUGUCUGUAUGGGCAGAUGGUGGCCGAUGAUCGGACCACUGGAAUGAAUGCCUGAUGUUGGCUGACCGACCGACAGCCAUUCAUACCUGGCUCGCCCACGCAGACUGGGCAUAUGUGAACGUUUGGGUCGCUGCUGUCGAUGUCGUAGUCGGUGCUGCACGAACAGAAGGCCUUGGUCGCUGUGUCGAGCUGCACGUGACACUCCACACCGACAACCGUCUCGUACCUGCACACACACACACACACACACACACACACACACACAGGCAAACGAUCAGGGCGCAGUGAGGCCGGUGAAGGCGGCCAGAGAGUGGACGUGGUUGGCUACUUACUUGGAUGCGACAGUAUCGAGCAUCGGGUUCUUCUUGCGCUCCUUCUUGUUCUUCUUGGCCAUCAUCCGGAGGCGCGUCCGUAGCGGACGCCGCCGGACACCUGCACAAACACAACACAGAGAGAGGCAUGCGGGCAGACACACACAAAUCACCAUCCAUCCAUCCAUUGCAGUUGCUUCACACUUGAUCUCAGACAUACACGAUACGUACCCAGGGCAAGAUCUCUCCUCUGAGGCCUCAGCAGUAAGGCUGACCGAGGGGCCACAAAAGAUGCCGCCCUCCAUGCCUCAGCCAGACAGACGCCAGCUGUGAGCAACACUGAACCUCUCAUCAAGACCGUCAGCCAUGAGAGUCGGAUGGGAUCUUGCAUGGAUCCCUUCAUCCUGAGCAUCUCCCCCCCUCUUUUUUCUCU